CACCAAUAUCCCUUGCAUAGAAUCGGAAGAUGGCUUCAGUGUACAUCGACGAAGCCGCUGGCUCGGACACCACCGGCACUGGUACCAUCGAGGCGCCAUACCAGACUCUCGGCUUCGCCGUCUACUCCCAACCCACCGCCAGCUACCUGAUCAGAAAAGAUUCGGCUGCCGAAUACGCUGAACCCACCCAAUCCUCCCUGAAAAAGGCCAAAAAGACUGCAGAGGGUAUCGAGAAGAAGAAGAAGAAACAAGAGGAGCUCGAGGAACGGGAAAGGAAAGCCAAGGGUGAGGAGAAAGAGAAGCGAGAGAAACUUUUGGAGGAAAGUAAGAAGAUCGUCCUUGAGGAGGAUCCCGCUUUGCCUAAGGCUCCCAAGGCCAAAAUUACCCAUCUCGAAAAGCACCGUGGACAGCGCGUUCGCGUUUUUGGCUGGGUCCAUCGUCUUCGACAGCAAAAGGAUAUCAUUUUCAUUGUUUUGCGCGAUGGAACUGGAUAUCUUCAGGCCGUUCUCUCUGGUCGUGUCGCCCAGACAUACAGUGCCUUGACCCUCACUCUCGAAUCAUCUGUCGAGCUCGUCGGUAGCCUCCAGCAAGUCCCCGAAGGAAAGACCGCUCCAGGCGGCCACGAACUUAUCGUCGAUUACUGGAAAGCUCUUGGACCUGCCCCCGGUGGAGACGACGCUUUUACCAACCGACUCAACGAGAAAUCCGAUCCAUCCAUCCAAGCCGACCUCCGCCACCUCGUUCUGCGAGGUGAAAAUGCCUCCAGCAUCCUCCGUCUGCGAGCCUACAUGAUGACCGCCUUCCGCGACGCUCUCCACUCCCACGACCUCAUGGAGGUCACCCCUCCCUGUCUCGUCCAAACCCAGGUCGAAGGCGGCGCUACCCUCUUCAAACUCGAUUACUACGGCCAACCCGCUUUCCUCACCCAAAGUUCCCAGCUCUACCUCGAGACCUGUCUCCCCUCCCUUGGCGACGUCUUCUGUAUCCAAGAAUCCUUCCGUGCCGAAAACAGCCACACCCGUCGCCAUCUCAGCGAAUACACCCAUCUUGAGGCCGAGCUGGCGUUCAUCACCUUUGACGACUUGAUGAACCACAUCGAGGAUGUCAUCUGCAAGACCGUCGACUCGCUCUUGGCCAACCCUGUCUCGGCCGCGUUGGUGAAGCAGUUGAACCCCGACUUCAAGCCUCCUGAGAGGCCGUUCAUGAGGAUGUCGUAUGUGGACGCAAUCGAGUGGUUGAACAAGAGGGGUAUCCAGCAUCCUGCUGAGGAUGAGCAGGGCAAUGUUAUCAAGGUCGACAAGGAGGGCAAGCCGACAACCGAUGGAACCGGCGAGGUGUUGAUGGUGGACCAUAAGAUUGGCGAUGACAUUGCGGAGGCGGCGGAGAGGCGUAUGACGGAUGAGAUUGGCAAGCCCAUCUUCCUGCACGGAUUCCCUGCCGAGUUGAAGGCUUUCUACAUGAAGAAGGCGCCCGUCAAACCUGGCCAGGAAGGCGGUCCCGUCUUCACCGAGAGUUGCGAUUUGUUGAUGCCCAACGUCGGAGAGAUUGUCGGUGGAUCGAUGAGGAUUGCUGAUGCUGAGGAGUUGCUUGCUGCCUACAAGAGGGAGGGUAUCGACCCUGAUCCUUACUACUGGUUCACCGACCAGCGCAAGUACGGUACCUGCGAACACGGCGGAUACGGUCUUGGUGUCGAGCGAUUCUUGGCUUGGCUCGCCAACCGAUACACCGUUAGGGAAUGUUCUCUGUAUCCCAGGUGGCCCGGACGCGCUACCCCUUAGUCGACGAUUUGAUUCGGUAGAUGGGCUUUGGUUUGGAAGAUUCAAGUGUCACUGGAAUGUUUAUUGGAUUGUAUUAUUACAGAAUAAAUAUGGAGCCUCCCACGACGUC